CUUUUGAAAGAUAAGCUGUUAAGGUAAACCAACCAAAUCAGCAUCCCUUAUCCUCAAAUUACUUAGAAAGCAAUUCAUGACUAACGUAUCCUCGUCACUUCCGAUUGUUGCCCAGGAUGCAAAAGCCCCCUCAUACUUCAUUCGGAACACUGCAAAUUUUUCUCCUUCCGUUUGGGGCGAUUAUUUCCUUUACUAUGUUCCUAGUUCCGUGGAAGAUGAUAGUCACAUCAAACAAGCUCAACUAACAAAAGAGGAAGUGAGGAAGAUGCUUAUUGCUCCUAUUGAUAACAAUUUCUAUUUUAAAUUAGAAUUUAUUGACUCAGUCCAACGCUUGGGUGUUUCCUACCAUUUUGAACAUGAAAUUGAUGGAGCAUUGCACCAAAUUUACAACAUUUCAACAAAGGACAAUAAUAUCAUAACUCACGAUGAUGAUCUUUGUCAUGUGGCUUUACUCUUUCGGUUGCUUAGGCAACAAGGUUAUCACAUUUCAUCAAAUGUAUUUUACAAAUUCAAAGACCAAACUAGAAACUUUAGUGAAAAAGCAGCCAAUGAUAUACAAGGAAUGUUGAGCUUGUACGAAGCUGCUGAACUAAGAAUGCAUGGAGAGGAUAUACUUGAAGAAGCACAUAAUUUCGCUCUUGUUCAGUUAACUAAGUCUCUAACUACCCAAUUAAGUCCUUCUAUGAUUGCACAAGUCAAGCAUAGCUUAAGACGAUCACUUCGAAAGGGAUUGCCUAGGCUGGAGGCCACAUAUUAUAUGUCUUUCUACGAAGAAGAUUCUUCACAUGAUGAAAAAUUGCUAACAUUUGCAAAACUAGAUUUUAAUAUGUUGCAGGAGUUACAUCAGAAAGAAGUUAACAAUGUGACCAGGUGGUGGAUUAAGAAUUUAAAUGUCUCAACGAAAUUGCCAUUUGUACGAGAUAGGAUUGCAGAAUGUUACUUUUGGAUUUUGGGAAUAUACUUUGAGCCACAAUAUUCUCUUGCUAGAAGGAUAACAACGAAAGUAAUUGCUCUAUGUUCUGUCAUUGAUGACAUGUAUGAUGCCUAUGGAACCAUUGACGAACUUGAGCUUUUCACCAAUGCAAUUGAGAGGUGGGAUAUUUGUUGCUUGGAUGAUCUCCCAGAAUACAUGAAAGUAUGUUAUAUAGAAAUUUUGAAUGUUUAUGAAGAAAUAGAGGAAGAGAUGAGAAAACAAGGAAAAGUAUAUUGCAUCAAGUAUGCUAAGAAAGAGAUGAAAAGAUUAAUCAAGGCUCAAAUGGCUGAGGCAAGAUGGCUUCAUUGCAAUCAUACACCGUCAAUAGAGGAGUACAUGCAAGUUAGAAAUGUAUCAAGUGGUUACUCUAUGGUGAUCACCAUAUGUUUUGUUGGCAUGAAAGAUACAACAGAGGAGGUCCUUAUAUGGGCAACAAGUGAUCCAAUAAUUAUUGGGGCUGCUUCAAUUAUUUGUAGGCUUAUGGAUGACAUUGUUGGAAAUGAGUUUGAGCAGGAAAGAAGACACGUUGCAUCAAGCAUUGAAAGCUAUAUGAAGCAACAUAACACCUCAAGGCAAGAUGCCAUUAAUAAACUACUUGAGAUGGUUAAGAGUGCUUGGAAGGACAUCAAUGAGGCAUGCCUUAAUCCUACUGAAGUGCCAAUGAAUUUUCUUUUGCGUGUUGUCAACCUUGUGCGCAUGAUUGACGUGCUUUACAAAGAUGAAGAUAAUUAUACAAAUGCAGGAGGGUUAAUGAAGGAUUACAUCAAAACUUUAUUAGUUAAUAAGAUGUCUGCCCGUAUAAGCUAGAAGCUUAGUUAUUUUAUUAUUGAUCUGUUUCUUUAAUUUAUGUAAUAUAACAUGGUAAUUUCUCUUUAGCUUAAUUUGGUGUGUAUACCUUAAUUUUAUUAAUGUGUUUUCUAAAA